GGUUCAGCCUCCAGGUUUUGCGUGUGAAGAACAAAUGCAAAUCCUGCUCUCCAGGUCAGCCCUCGUUCGUGUUGCCGCUCUCCUUGGCGGCUCAGCCUCACAGCGGGCAGGAGCGGCAUUACGAUAGUAAAGAGCUACCUAGUCCCGUCCACUGCGUUUGUCAUACAUUGCAAGGCGCAAGGAUGAUUCGCUCUUCAAGAGAACCGUGAGCGCGAUGGCUUUGCAUUCAGGAGGAAGCGCCGACAAGUCUGAGUGGUCAGUGUAUCCAGCAGCCGGUGGCUGGCUAGCAGCCGGCAUUGGACAAUGGGCCUGGGCCCGCCGUCUGCAGCGGAAGGGCUUGGGAGACAACCCGCACGCUCUUCCCACGAGGGCCUUCAGUGUUGCCAGCUUGUAUGUGCUGGGCGGAGCAGCGAUUGUAGUUGCUGGCUUGACGUGUGCGGGCUUGACUCGGGGGGAGGAGUGGAGGAGGCUAGCGCAAGAAACCAGGGCGGCCAUAGAGCAGGAAAAGGCGGACCGCCUGGCAGCAGCUGACAGAUCUUCAAAUGAUGGUCGUUGAUGCUCUUCAUCAAACAUCCAGCCGUGAUCGUCAACAGUACACGCCCUCCAUUCGAAGGAAAGCUUUGGAAGUCGUUGAUCCACUUCUGUUAGCGAACAGUGUGGCAGCCAGCUUAUUCCGGGUGUCUUUGUUGAAAGGUGGCAAAGCUGCCUUACAGGCUCCACUGAGUAUAGCAUGCCAGAUCAUGGUUCUGGUCAAAAACUAGAGACAAUUCGAUUCGUUACGGCAAAAGCUUUGGGUCCACUUCCCAAACCUCAAAGCGCAAGGCGAGUUUGUGAUCCUUUAGCUGGAUUCUGUAUUGGAUACGUUGAGAACGUGCAACAAGGGUAGUGACUGCCGGCUGCGCCGACGUGUACGCACGGGCCAUUAAGCUAAAUUGCGGAUUGAGUCCAUGACAAUGA